AUGGAUGCCGAUCAGAACAUCGCAAACGCCGCGGAUCCUUCAGGCAGCACGCCUAUCAAUCUGACUGCAUCGUCUUCAACCGAUUCUAAUGAGGACCUCCGUACGAGAAUCAUAGGGAUGCUGGCCGGCACCCUCAACGGUGGCUUCGCGGAGUUGGGCUACCAUCCCGACUAUCUCGUGCAGCUUCAUACCAUACACGAAUGGAACACGCGUCUCCGCGAGGAAAAUGCACGCCUCUUCGCAGACAACAGGAGGCUCGCUCAGCUAAUCGGCAUGCAGAACCAGCGGCUCACGUCCAUCGCGCAGAACGGGGGCCCCAACGCGAUCAUACACGAUCUUCAAGGUCGGAUACAGGAGAUAGAGAUGAGUAGGCGGGAGCUACUGAGGCAGCAUGAACACGCGACACAUGAAGCCAUUACCCUGCGAACGGAGGUGAACCGCCUCUCCCAGAUACUACAGUCAAAAGGGAUCCCGUACGAGGUUGAGAAUCAUGUGCCGAGCGCGUCAAGCUCAAGAAUGAUGCCGCAGUCUGGUGUUGCACUGGGCCAUCACCCCGGGCAGGCGCAAAGGCUCCGCCACUCUCAGCUGCCCCCAAUAAACACGGCGUUCGCUCCGACGUCGACACAGGCUGCGCCCGUUCAUCAAGCCCGUCGACAGUCUUCUGGAGUUCCUGCUGCCUACCCAAGUCCUCACGCGUACUUCCCGUUCGCGCAGCCCUCAAUGAAUGGCCGCAGAGUCUCCGGCGGGCCAACGACACCCGCCAUCGGCCACGACCCUCGCGAAGUGCAGCGUUUACAGGCACAUAACGCGAGCACAUCGAGCUCGCCGCGCCCGAACAUCGCGCCGACGGCGGGCAUGCAGAAGCACAAAGCUGUUAUAGACCUUACGGACGAACCGGACUCGGCAGAAGGCCCACGAGCAGCGAAGAGGCCACGACUUGCUUCGGAACCUGUCACCAAUGCGACCGAAGCGAUCAAAGUCGCGGGUCCGUCCACCCCGCAACCGCAGAGCACAUUUGCGGAAGUCCAGCUGGCAAACAGUCAGGCGCCCCUGGUGACGCGGACUGGAGGAAGCACUCAGCCGAAUGGGGACCCGCCGGCAUCAACAAUUGGGGACAUACAAAUGUACUCCCCUAGACAAGAAGCGUCGCGACACGCACCCAUGGACGACGUUCAACACGAAUCGCAAGCUUUACAGAGCGCACCAUCCAUGCAGCAUCAACCGAUUGAAGGGAUACAAACGCUUGCGCAUCCCGAGUCAACAGCCGGGGUGCCAUCAGCCUCACUGCCUGUAGCAGAAAUACAACAACCGUCACAGGCGGCUCUCAAUCCGAGUACGGAGGUUAUCCAACAGUGUAUCGACGAAAAUUUCGUGGACAACGAGAAUGGGGACGAAGCAGAGGGCGAGCAGGAGCGCAAUGUUGGCGACGGGAAUCGCUGGGGCCUCUCCAACAAAGUCCCCGAAGCGUUCCCCGCCGAAGCUAGUACGGAAGACCUCGCACGCCAUUGUCAAGAAGAGCACCCGAAGGGAUGGCUGUUCCUCCUGCAGAGAUGUAUGGAAGACCAAGAAUCUGAUGAUGACGAAUAG